CAGCCAGGGAAGCAGGGCUCGCGGCCCGGCCCGGCCCGGCCCGGCUCCGCGUCCUCUCACGCGCGUUUGCGGGGCCAAGCCAUGAUGCUCCCCAGGGCCGGCCCCAGCACCGGGCAGACCUGCGGGCUCGUGCUCAUCUCCGCCGUGCUGCUGCAGUCCAUCUGCGUGGCGGUGACUUUCCUCUACUUCACCAACGAGCUGAAGCAGCUCCGGGACACAUACUCCAAGAGCGGCAUUGCCUGCCUCAGUGGGGAAGAACUGGGAACUUUUAUGGGAGACUUGGAUCUAAACAGAAUAGAAGAGAGAGAGCAAGACCCCUGCUGGCAAGUGAAGUGGGAGCUAGGAAAGUUAAUUAAAAAGAUCAUGUCAAGAUACCAUGAAGAAACCAUGUCUGCAGUGAAAGCUGAAACUUCGCUAAGCCUUUCAACAACUGAAGAUCAGGAAUCUCAGACUUCCGUGCACAGAGUAGCAGCUCACAUAACUGGAAACAGCAAUAGGAUGAGUUCAUCAUUCACACAAAAUUCCUCAUUCAGAAGAGGAUACGGGAAGAAAAUACACUCUUGGGAAGCAUCAAGGAAAGGCCAUUCUUUUCUCUACAAUGUGGAACUGAGAAAUGGGGAGUUGAUCAUACCCAAAACAGGGUUUUAUUACAUCUACUGUCAAACUUACUUCCGAUUCCGUGAACCAGAGGAUGAGGAUUCAGACUCACAUUUAUCGGAGCAAAUCAGAAACCCUAAACAAAUGGUCCAGUAUGUUUACAAACUGACCAGUUAUCCAGAACCCAUCCUUCUUCUGAAAAGUGCAAGAAGUAGCUGCUGGUCUAAAAAGGCAGAGUAUGGACUUUACUCCAUAUACCAAGGAGGAGUGUUUCAACUAAAAAGGAAUGACAAGAUUUUUGCCUCUGUCAGUAAUGAGGACAUAGUUGACAUGGACAAAGAAGCAAGCUUUUUUGGGGCCUUUUUGAUCAGCUAAAUGCUUAAGACAAAGGCAAACCCCAAAUGAAUCAGGUUUUCAUUUUCAGGACUUAGUUUUCCAUAAAUACUCUAAACCAGGGAAUGAAAAGCCUCGUGUUCCAAAGCAGGCAUGACAAUGUGAGACUCCCCAUUGUCGUGGAAGGUCUGAUUGCACUGAGAAAUGGUCCUUACAGUCAAUAAGGAAGAGCAGCUGAUGACUGAAGCUGCAUGUGACCAUAACUUGUAUAAGAGCCAAGCAGAUCCCCAAACAUGCUCUCUCAUUUCCAGCCAGUGAACUGAGUUGGAAGGAUUUUAACAUGCCAAAGAUUAAUAGCAUCAGCUAGAACCAGAUCAUGUGCAGGUAGGCACUGUCCACAGUUCUGUGUACAACUUUACCAAACCAUUGGCUGUCAUUUGUGGCAGUCCAUAUACAGAUGAUUUGCAUAGUGACAGGAUUGAGACUGGCUACUCGCAUAGCAGUUAGACUGAGGUUGGAAAAUGGAUGUUGCUUGUGGUCAUCUUGUGGGAGCCGUAAGUCUCCUUACAAGGUGUAAGUCUCCUUACAAAAGUAGUCCCUCUAGUAUCAAGGAGAUGGUUGUCACGAGUAAGGGUUUGCAGAGCAGCCCCUACAUAUUACAGAAAUUCAAGAUAAGCCAAAAUGCAGGACACAGCAGCAUUUUAUGUUCAGUGAAGCUCUAAUCCACCAAAGCAUUUAAGUACAUACCUAACAUUAAACUUCUGACUAGCCCAGUUGGAAUCAGUGGAUUACUUAUGUGCUGAGUUGAACAUGUGCACAAGUGCUUUGUAGGAUCACAGCCCAGCUACACAGAUUAUUCUUGCCUUCAUUAAAAUGUACAGAGGAUAGGAAAAAAAUAACAAAUGUUGUAAUGACACGGCAGAGCCACAAAAAUAAGUCAGUCAAUAUUCUGAGUUCCCAACACUGUAUGGUAAUAUAUUUGCUUUGUGGAUGCAUAUUGGACUGCAGAUCUUUUGCCACAUCACCAUAUGUUCAAUUGAGCAACGGCAAUCAUACGUAGUGACAGUGAGUAUUUGAUCCAGAAUGAAGGUAUUUUUCCUUUAAAUAUUGCAUUCUGCUAAUACUGUAUCAUUUUGCACACACUGGGCCCAUGUGUAUGUGUUCCUACGGCACCAUUGUUACUGCGCCAUCAUUUAAUACUUUCUUUUGGAAGUACUA